UUCUGUCCAAUCACAUUUGAGUAGGGGCGGGACUUUUUGCUUUCACAACCGCGUUCUCAGCCCUAAAGCUGCUCCGGAGUCAAAACAAGAGAAGAACAUGACCAAGGCGAAUAUCUAAGUCGGGACUUUUUCAUCCCCUCAUCAUGUGGCGUCUUCACCUGGUGGAGCCUGUGGUGGCUCUAUAUGCUUUUAGCAGCUUUCUUAUCUACCCACUGGUGCAGCAGUAUGUCUACAGGAGGCUGUGGGUGCAGCUGACCAACACCAGCUAUCCCAUCUCUGACAACACAUCCAGAUGUGCAGCAAUCAACAGCAGCAACCACACAAACAUCCAUAAGGAUGUCCAGAAGCAGGCAUCUCUUUUCUCCCUCUACUCAGAGAUCCUGUCCACGGUCCCGUCUCUGAUCGUCACUCUCUUAUUGGUGGCCUACAGCGACCGAGCGGGACGCAAGAUCACCAUUGUCAUGCCUCUGAUCGGCACGUUGAUCUACACCACCUCCUUCCUGACUGUGUCCUUCUUUGAGCUGGACGUGUACUUGCUGAUUGGUUCGUCCCUUCUCAGCUCUCUGUUUGGUGGCUUGGGCACGUUUCUCGGAGGCUGUUUUGCCUACAUAGCUGACUUGUGCAAAGACGAGCGCCAGAAGACGCUGCGCAUGGCUGGGGUGGACAUGAUGAUCGGGCUGCUGUCUGGAGUGGCUUCGAUAUCGACGGGUUACUUUUUGAGAGCUGCGGGGUUUAACUGGCCGUUUCUGACAUCAGCUCUGUUCCAGUGUCUGACCCUGAUCUACGCCGUCUUUAUUCUGGAAGAAUCAAUGAAGAAGACUCCAGCUGAUGGGAGCACCGUAGAUGACUCUCACAGACAAUCUGUUCUGAAACACAUCAUCUGUGGGAUCUACCAGAUCUUUGCAGGGGCCAGCUGCAGGUUUAAAACAGUUUUAGCCCUGCUGAUGAUCAUAUUAACCAGUUUCUCCUUCGCCUACGUUGGAGGCGUGUUCUUGAUGACGCUGUAUGAGCUCAACGAGCCGCUGUGCUGGACUGAGAUUUUGAUCGGCUACGGAUCAGCUCUGUCCACAUUAGUGUUCCUGAUCAGUUUCCUAGGAGUGUCAGCAUUCACCUACUGCGGCGUUCCACAGUUGAUCAUCGUUCUGAUGGGGAUCCUGUCAGUCGCAUCAGGGAUGAUCCUGGCGGCGUUUGCGAAGACAACUAUACUGAUGUUUUUAGUGAGGAUACCAAUGCUUUUGGCCAUCAUGCCUUUCCCUGUUCUGCGCUCCAUGAUGUCAAAUAUUGUCUCAAAGUCUGAGCAGGGAUCCCUGUUUGCCUAUCUUUCCUUUCUGGAGAAUUUAACAAACAACGUGUCACCUGCAGUCUUCAACAGCAUCUAUUUUGCCACGGUGGCCUGGUACCCUGGCUUCGUCUUCCUCCUGUCUGCGGGACUCUGUGCUGUUCCUAUUUUUGCUCUUGGAGCCGUGGCUCUGAUCGGAGUGGAUGUCUCCAGACAUGUCGAAGGGCCGGAACCUUUUUUCACGGAAGACGAGGGUUUGGUAGAGGACGGGAAUGACAGCAAUCCUCUUCUUGGCUAAAAGAUUUAUGGACCGUAAAACACCGCACCAGCAUCUUUAUAUCCUCUUCCUUAAACUUUUCAGUUGGUUUUAGCUUUUUAAAUUAAAUCCAGUUGCUUUUGAUGCUUUUUUGCACAUCUGUCACUUGGACUUUAACCUUGUGAUAAAGAAGGAAUAGUGGUCUUUCUCAGGCAACUUUAUCUGUGUGUAUGUAUUUGGGAUACGUUCAUGUUUUGAAUUGAACUAUAUUUUCCCUUGAUUUCCUUUUUGCAAAUAUUAUUAUGCUUUAAAUAUUGCAAGAUAGUUCAUGUUUGACUGACUAUAACAUAUUUUCUACUCAUUUCACCUAAAGUCAGUUCUCACCUGCCCAAAAGAACUUGCACAUUUCCAGGAAUUUAAGACCCUUUAUUUCACAACACAGACUUUUAGAUUAUUCGUUAAUGUAUAAAACUAUAUUGAAUAUUUUGAAUAUUUAAAUACUUUAUAGUGUCUUAUUUUGUACUCGUGUGCCGAUUUGUUUGAGGAUUUUCUUUCUUUACUUUUCUGAAGAGUUGCUGAGUUACUUCCUUUUAUGCAAAUAUAACAUUUGGAACUAUGAAAAAGAUUAAAGUACUCAAAGCAAAUAAGAAAGAAGAGGUCAGAAAUGAGUGAACGUUGGUGCUUGCGCUUGUGAACAAGCGUCUUUUAGAUGAAAGAUUGCAACUUGGUUUAGUGAAGCCCUAAAGCACCUAUGGAGCACUUUCUACAUUAUAAAGAACUCUUUCCCGUUACCGGCUACUCUAAUAUAGAUUUAUGGAGUGUUAUAUAUAUGAAAAUCCUUAAAAAAAUAUUUUUUUUUGAGUGAAGGUAUUUUUAAAGAUGGAAAAUUUGCACUAAGAGCCAACUGUGGCUACACAUAUAAAGAAAGAUCAGAAUAACAAAUGAUUUAUUUCAUUAUGAGUAACUGUUGAUUAUAAAUGUCAUAAAAUGAACUUCUGCCCCAGGCUUAUGGGUCAGAAAACAAAGUUGUAUCUCUAAAUUAUUGAUUUGAAACACAUGUUUAUACUAACGGAUAAAUCUGACAUUGUUUAGUGUAUAGAUUGGUCUGCACAGCAUUUUAUGUCCAAGGAUAUUGAAUUCUCCAAAAAGAUAAAAUUAUGCUUGUUGCUUUAAAUGUACCCAAAUAAAACCGGGCACACAACAAA